GUGGGUCAAAAGCUGAAAAGUUUGGGAACCACUGUCUUAAGGGAUUGUAUGAGAAUCAUUCACACACAAAGCAUCUGUAUUUAACAGUAAAUAACACCUCUCUUCUGUCCAGCAGAUGAUGCCAAUGUGCAGCUGCAUGCAAACAUUACAGUCAGGGUUCAAAGAGCAACCACAGAGGUGAACCAUGGCAAAGGUAGAAACUCUAACCUCUAGUCUUCACCUCAUACGUAAUGUAGUUCACAAUAACGUGAAACACUUCCAGGUUUCUGAGUGAUAACGCUGGUGAAAGUUCAGCUCAUGCAAUAAACCGGCGAUAUGAUGCACACCUAAGUGAUACCUCAGCAGUUCUGCUCUUUAUUCUAGCGCAUAGAGAAUUAACAGGUGCUGCUAAUUUUUCAAGCAGGUCUGGAUUUGGUGUCAAAGAYUUUAAAAUGACUCAAGUUUUAACAGAAAUUCCGGAGGAGUGGAAAUGUCUAGAGGAAGAGUGUCAAAAACUUCAGGAAACACACAAAAUGUAUUUACAGAAACUGGAUGAAAUCUGUAAACACCAGAACAACUGCUCUACGUCUAUUUCCCAUCAGCGUAAAAAACUGAAGGAGACGUCUCGUCGUGUAAAGAAAUGCAGCAAAGGAUCAUCAGGAGAAGAUCUGAAGAUGCUGGAGGAGUUAAAGAAGAAAAUCAAGAAAAGAGAACACGAUUUGUCUGAAAUGGAAAUGUUCCUUCCAAAGAAAAAUGGCUUAUAUCUCAGCCUGGUUCUUGGAAAUGUAAAUGUGACUCUUCUUAGCAAGCAAGCAAAGUUUGCCUAUAAGGAUGAGUAUGAGAAGUUCAAGCUGUGCCUCACAGUGCUCCUGCUGCUCCUCUCUUUUAUUUGUUAUUUCUUUGUGAGCUACAGAGUCCUAGAUGCAGUCCUGAACUUCCUGCUGUUGUGGUAUUAUUGCACRUUAACCAUCAGGGAAAGUAUCCUCAUCACCAAUGGCUCCAGAAUCAAAGGCUGGUGGGUUUUUCACCACUACGUCUCAGCUUUUUUGUCUGGCGUAAUGCUGACGUGGCCAGAUGGAAAUCUGUACAAAGCAUUCAGGAACCAGUUUCUUGCCUACUCCUUGUAUCAAAGUUUUGUUCAGUGUUUGCAGUGCUACUAUCAGAGCGGGUGUCUGUACAGACUGCGAGCCCUGGGAGAAAGACACAACAUGGAUCUGACUGUAGAGGGAUUCCAGUCCUGGAUGUGGAAGGGGCUGACGUUUCUCUUGCCCUUCCUGUUCUUUGGUCAUUUCUGGCAGCUGUUCAACAGCCUGUCUCUGUUCAGACUGGCUCAGCUUCCAGACUGCAAAGAGUGGCAGGUCCUGAUGUGUGGUUUCUGCUUCCUUCUGCUUUUCCUGGGAAAUUUCUUCACUACGCUGGCUGUUGUGCGUCAGAAACUUAAAAGCAGGAAUAAGAAACCAAAGAACUCGUGAUGCAUGAAAAAAAAAAACCACAUCUAUUAAAAAACUGCCAGAACCAAUGAAACCAUUUAUUUCUUGUUAGUCAUGAUGAGAAUACAUCAUUUUAAAUUAUUAACCAUUUUGUGGCUAGCCGCUUGCUCACUGAAUAAUGCAAGAACAAUAAAGAAGAUGAUUCAACAGACAGUGCUUGUUUUAAUGAAUCUUGACUGGGUGUUUAAGAUAAGGUUUAAGAUAAUCAGAUCUUUUUUUAUCAUAUUUUGCUGCAUGAAGUAUUUCUAUUAAGAAAUGAUAUAGGGAUUUAC